GCGCUAUUCACAAUUCUCUUAAUCUAAAUAUUCGAACCUUUGCUGGAUCCUAGGCGACACUCUCGCUUCUCCUCAAAGUCUACGAAUCCUCCCAGUCCACGAGGAGGCUGUACUAACGUCGACAACACCCGGGUUCCGAUCCCACGAGCACAAAACCCCCACUACGACAACGACCCGAAGACUUGACACUACUGCUAACUGACCCGAUAACUGGACUCCGUAGUCUUCUACAGAACUUAUAUCGAGAUGGUCCUGAAACUUCACGGCUUCCCCUUGUCCACCUGCACUCGUCGGGUCGCUCUCGUACUCAAGGAGAAGAACGUCCCCUAUAAGCUCGUCCCGGUCGAUUUAACCAAAAACGAGAACAAGAGUCCAUCGUACUUGGCCAAUCAACCGUUUGGGCAGGUUCCCUACAUUGUCGAUGACGACGGAUUCCAGCUCUUCGAGAGUCGCGCCAUCGGGCGCUACAUCGCCCUCAAGUAUCCUGACCAGGGAAACAAGCUCAUGCCUGACCCGGCAGACCUGAAGAAGACGGCCCUCUUCGAGCAAGCCGCCAGUAUCGAGCUCAGCAACUUCGACCCUUUAGCUAGCACCUUGGCGUUUGAAAGAUUAGUCAAACCACGCAGGGGACUUGGCGAGACCAACGAAGCGCUAGUGGCACAGAUUACGCAGCAACUCGGCGCCAAAUUGGAUGUAUACGAGGUCAUCCUCUCGAAGACGAAGUACCUUGCCGGCGAGGAGGUGUCUCUGGCGGACUUAUUUCAUAUCCCCUAUGGCUCGAUGCUCGGCAUGAUGCGCAUUGACCUUGGGUCUGAGACCCGACCGAAUGUUGCCAGAUGGUGGAAGGACAUUACGUCGCGCCCGUCGUGGGUGUCUGUCAAGGAUGGCGCCUGAAAUGUAUUCAGUACAGAGUUUCCACAGCAUCUGUGGUGUUUCAUGACAAGUGCUUAGUUCUGUUCAGUGUACAAGUCAGUUAAUUACGACGCUCAGCAGUGUUUCCAUCGGAACUCGCCCUGUUACGCACUUUUGUAACAAUGAUCUGUUUUCUUUG